AUGCGCUCAUCACUUUCCAAAGACGAGAGGUGUCUGUUUUGCCGGAAAACGGAGGAUGAAUCUGUCGAUAUCGACUGGGUCCAAUGUCCGGAGUGCAGAAAAUGGGCACAUUUUUCUUGCGCAGGUGUGGAUCAGGAGGUAGCCAAUACGGAUUGGUACUGUCCGCGAUGCGAUAGAUCUGCUGAUCAACCGUUGAAGGUACCGGAGGCAGGUAAGAAGCGUGCUAAGAAAUCUGGCUCGAAGAGCGAUGCAGGAUCCGAGCAAGGGGCUGGUUUCGUCAUAGGUUCGACUGAGCAGCAGUCGGAAGAGGAACAGCGAAUGAGGCAGGAUUUUGCGAAGCAGAUUGAGGUCCGGAAGAUACAGCUCGCUAGAAAGAAGGCCUUUUACGAAGAACAAAUGCAGCAAGAACGGGAAAUGCGCGAACAGGAGCUUCAAUUCCAAAGAGAAAUGGAAGAGCAGCAGUUAGAGCACGAGCAAAAAAUGUUGGAAUGCCAACUGGCUGCGGAACGAAAUUUCGUUAAAAGGCGGGAUACGAUUCGGAAGCAGUUAGAGUGUAGUAUCCAGCGAGUCAACGCUUUGAAAAAGCAAAAGGGACGCGGUUGGGAGAAAAAGCGAUGGUGCUCUGGAUGCAAAAUCGAAGUCGAAGGCGAAUCACGACGAAGUGAAACGGAGACGCAGCGAUCGAAUACAUCCGGAAUCGGAGGUGGCGAAAUUGAGGACAGCGGAGAUGCAGAGAGCAUUGACAGUGACGUUUUCGAGGAGCCUAAAAACAGCGUUUACGACAGUGUGCGCAGUAAGGCAGUCGAAAAUGGGCCGGGGCGCUGUGUUAACAGGAUUUCGAGAGACCAGUUGGCUGCUCGAAAAGCGGUAUCUCAUAAUCUGCCAAAGUUCAGGGGAGAACCGGAAGUGUGGCCGCUUUUUAUAAGCAGUUUCGAGUACACGACGACGGCUUGCGGAUUCUCGAAUUUGGAAAAUUUGAAGAGAUUGCAGGAUUGUUUGAUGGGAGACGCGCUUGAAGCUGUAAGGAGUCGGCUAGUGAUGCCGGAUUCUGUACCGGAUGUGAUCCAAGAUCUUAGGAACCUUUUUGGGAAACCAGAGAAGCUGCUCAAGACCCUGUUGGCGAAGGUAAGGAAUGCACCGGCACCGAGAGCGGAUCGUUUGGAAACAUUUAUCAACUUCGGGAUUACUGUAAAGCAGCUGUGCGAUCAUCUCGAGGCUGCUCGCUUGAUUGAACACCUUAACAACCCGAUGCUGGUAUCGGAGUUAGUCGAUAAGCUGCCGCCAAGUUACAAGCUGGAUUGGGUCCGGUAUAAGCGGAACAAGGUAGACAGUCCACUUCGUAUGUUCACGAACUUUACGAACGAGAUCGUGUCUGACGUGUCCGAGGUUACGGAGUUUGCCAUGCUGUCGGUGAACGAUCAUGCGCGGUCUAGUAGAGGUAAUCCAAAGAUGAAGGAGUUUGUGCACAUGCACGAUUCAGAGGAGCAUAAUGACGGUUAUAAGAAUGACAUAGUAGGAAAGGCAUGUUGGAUCUGUAAACGGCCAGAUCAUCUGAUCAAGUCAUGCGAAAGGUUCAGACGAAUGAAUGUGGGGGAGCGGCUGAGGGAAAUCGAGAGGCAGAAGCUAUGUGGGCUAUGCCUUAAUAAACACGCUAAUGGGCGAUGUGUGUCGAUGUCUCGGUGCACGAUUCGGAAUUGUCAGCGCAACCAUCAUCCACUGUUGCAUCGAGUAGAAGAAUCGGUUCAGUUGCAGAAGGCGGAAUGUAAUGCGAUGAAGAAUGCUGAUAAUGCGGUGAUCUUUCGGAUGAUGCAGAUAACUCUUUACUACGGAAGUCGGCAGUUUGAUACGUUGGCGUUUCUUGACGAAGGCUCGUCAACUACGUUGGUGGAUGAUUCGGUAGCCAAGCAGUUGAGAGCGGAGGGUAUGCUAGAGCCCCUGAUCGUCACUUGGACGGGCAAUAUCAACCGUUACGAGAACAGGUCCAGGAGGGUGGAAUUAAUGAUAUCCGCGAAAGGCUCGAAGGAGAAGUUCCCGUUGUUCAAUACUAGGACGGUUUCGGAGUUGCAGUUGCCAAAGCAAAACGUACGGCUUGCGGAAGUGGCGAAACGGUAUCAGCAUUUGGCUGAAGUACCAACUAAGGAUUAUCCGUCGGAGCUGCCCAAGAUUCUUAUAGGCUUAGACAACCUAUAUCUAUUCGCGCCAUUGGAGUCGCGCAUCGGUAAACCAAGUGAACCUAUCGCAGUACGGUCGAGGCUCGGCUGGACGAUUUAUGGGUCGGAAAAACGUAAGACCAGUGUCCACACAUAUCUGAAUCUGCAUUCAGUGGCACGAGUGAGCAACCAAGAGCUGCACGACCUUAUUCGGAAACAAUAUGAGAUGGAUGAGACAGCGGUUACACCGUUCACCGCGCCGGAAUCGGUCGACGAGAAACGUGCUCGAGAAAUUCUCGAAACGACAACGAGGAGGGUGGGCGAUCGUUUCGAAACAGGGUUACUGUGGCGAAAAGAUGAGCGAUGGUUUCCUGACAGCUAUCCGAUGGCUGUGCGGAGAAUGAGGGCACUCGAACGAAAACUGGAGAAGGAUCCAGCGUUGAAACAGAACGUCUGCCAGCAGAUUGUGGACUACCAAAAGAAGGGCUACGCUCAUAAAAUAACUGCAGAAGAGAUCGUAGAAACUCCUAGCUCGACGGUGUGGUACCUACCGAUGAACGUGGUGAUAAAUCCGCGGAAACCUGGUAAAGUACGCCUGGUUUGGGAUGCAGCUGCGUCAGUUGGAGGUGUUUCGCUGAACUCAGCGUUACUGAAGGGACCGGAUAUGCUGGUACCACUUCCCAAAGUCGUUUGCGGGUUCCGACAAGGUCCAGUGGCUUUCGGAGGGGACAUCCAGGAGAUGUAUCACCAGUUAAAAAUCCGGACUGAAGAUAAGCAAGCGCUGCGUUUCAUGUUUGGCAGUGACUCAACUGGAGCACCGCAAGUAUAUGUGAUGGACGUGGCAACUUUCGGUGCAACGUGUUCGCCAUGUUCAGCGCAGUUCGUUAAAAAUCUAAAUGCAAAACAGUUCGAAAAAGGGUUCCCGGAAGCAGCGGUAGCUAUAAUAGAGAAGCACUACGUGGAUGACUACUACGACAGUGUAGAUACCGUCGAGGAGGCAGUCGAACGGGCAAGGCAAGUGCAAUAUAUUCACUCGAAGGGAGGAUUUCACUUACGAAACUGGGUGUCGAAUUCGGAGGAGUUUCUGCAGAGAAUCGGCGAACGUAGUGCAGACACAGCAGUGCAUUUCAGUCGAGACAAAGGCACGGAGUACGAGCGUGUUCUAGGGAUAGUUUGGGAACCGGUGGAUGAUAGUUUUUGUUUCGCUACCGCUUCAAAGACGGAUUUCCUCAGAAUCCUCAAUGGCGUGGAACAUGCGACGAAGCGGGCGGUUCUCAGCUUUGUGAUGGCUCAAUUUGAUCCCAUGGGAUUCCUCACACCGAUUACCGUAUGUGGAAAAAUGUUGGUCCAGGAUCUUUGGAGAAAUGGCUGUGAAUGGGAUGCUAGGAUCGAUGAAGUAUCGUUCCAGAAAUGGCUGCGCUGGAUACAGAUGAUGCGAAACGUUGGGUCGUUCAAGCUGCCAAGGAGUUAUUUUGGAGGUGCAAAGUCUAACGAAAUAACGAAUCUGCAGUUGCACGUAUUUGCUGAUGCUAGCGAGACAGCGUACGGGUGUGUAGCGUAUUUCAGGGCGAUCGUGCAAGGAGAAAUCCCACGACUAGAGCUUCUGGCUGCUGUUUUGGGAGCACGGUUGUCGCGGGCUGUGCUCGAGAACCACAACAUCGUUAUUGGGAAAAUUGUUUACUGGAUCGACGCGAGCGUAGUGCUAUCGUGGAUUCGAUCCGAUCAGCGAAGGUACAGACAGUUCGUGGGGUUCCGGAUUGGCGAGAUUCUUACUCUGACGAGGUUAACCGAUUGGCGCUGGGUACCGACUAGAGUUAACGUUGCAGACCAGCUUACGAAGUGGGGCAAGGAUCCGGAUAUGCAUUCUAACAGUUCGUGGGUUCGCGGACCAGCGUUUUUGUACCAAAGUGAAGAAGGGUGGCCGAAAAGAGAACUGCCGCCGGCAAACACGACAGAGGAACUGAGAAUCCAUCUAUUGCUGCAUGAGGUGAAAGGAUCGGAUGUUCUCGUGGAUCCUGGCCGCUUCUCUAAAUGGACGGUGUUAGUACGAACUAUGGCGUGCGUACUUCGUUUCGUAUCGAAUUGUAAAAGAAAUGUUGCCGGGUUGCCGAUUGAGGUACUGCGUGCAACGAACAAGCAGGCGAAGGUACUGAAGUUAAGAAAAGGCGCGUCGAUCAGGCGGCCGCUUCAGCAAAGCGAGUACCAACAAGCGGAACUAUUUUUGUUGAAAAUGGCGCAGGUGGAAAACUUUAUAGAUGAACUGACGGUACUGAAACGAAACAGGGAUCGUCCGACUGAUCAGUGGAUAACCAUCGAAAGGUCUAGUCCGUUGUACAAACUGACUCCGUUGCUCGAUGAGAGUGGCUUGAUCCGCAUGGAGGGACGAGUUGAGCGAGCAGACUUUCUUCCGUUUGAUUUACGUUUUCCAGCGAUUCUGCCGAACAAUCAUAGAAUUACGUGGUUGAUUGUUCAACAUUAUCACGAGAGGAGUGGACAUGGAUACCGCCAGGCGGUGAAAAACGAGCUGAGGCAAUUGUAUUACAUUCCACACGUGGAUGCGGUGGUUCGAAAGGUAUCGUCUUCAUGCGUUUGGUGCAAGGUGCAUCGUAGUCGGCCUCAAGUUCCGCGUAUGGCUCCGCUGCCGGUACAGAGACUCACGCCAAACCUUCGUCCGUUCAGCUUCGUUGGAGUCGAUUAUUUGGGACCGUUUGAUGUUACUGUUGGGCGCCGAACAGAGAAACGGUGGAUCGCGCUGUUUACCUGUCUGGUAACACGCGCGGUGCAUUUGGAAGUGGCACACGGGUUGAGUACUCAGUCGUGCCUAAUGGCAGUAUAUCGGUUCGUGGGUCGUCGUGGUUGGCCGUGCGAAUUCUUUUCCGAUAACGGAACCAAUCUGCGAGGAGCUAGCAAAGAAGUGCUAGAAGUUGUUCGGGGAAUAGGAGACGACUGCGCCGAUCAAAUUACAAACGCUCGGACAAAGUGGACGUUUAAUCCGCCAGCAACACCCCAUAUGGGAGGCGUAUGGGAGCGUCUUGUACGUUCAGUGAAGGAGAUGCUGACGGCUCUUGACGACGGUAGGCGUGUAACGGAUGAGAUUCUGCAAACAACUAUUGUCGAGGCGGAGGACAUAAUAAGUUCUCGUCCAACGUUUCACAGCAGACAGAGGAAGCUGAAGCACUCACCCCGAACCACUUUUUGA